UAUCUGUCAAAGGUUGAAAAAAUUUUCGUAAUAUCAUCAUCAAGUUCGCGUCACUUAUACAUUAUUAAUCUUCAUUUCCAUUUAAAAAUUGAAAACAAAGGAAAUUUUGAAAAUUGAACGAUGGCUAGUCUUUGGUAUGAGGGUGAAAUAAUAAAAGCUAUUGAUAAAACGAAGAGACAAAAGGCUGUUUUUAUUGUUUAUGUAGCAGGUACAAAUGAGUUAUCGGCUCAUUAUGAACAGAUAUUUAAUAAUGAAGAGGUAUUAAAAAUAUUGAAGACAGAUCAGUUUGUUGCCAUCAAAGUGGAGGAAAAUUCUGUUACCCAUAAACAGUUUAGUGCUUUAUAUCCACAGGAAUCCAUUCCUUCUGUUUUCUUUAUUACUAAAGAUGGGAAAACCAUAACAAGUAUUUCAAAAAAUAUAGAUGUAGAGGAAUUCAUUAGGACCAUAAGUGAUGUAGUUGAAAAGAAUGUGUUGAUUACAAAAGCACUUGCUGCAAAAAUUCUUCUUGAUAAAGAAAAGAAAACUGAGGAAAGUAAUAAGAACUCUAAUUCCCCAACUACAAGUACUGCAAAUGUAAAUGCAGAACCUAAACCUUCUUCUGCAACUGUGAAAGCAGAUUCUGAACCUCCUAUUGCAUCUGUUAAGGUAGAUUCUGAACCUUCUAUUGCUAAUAUGAAGGCGGACUCUGAACCUUCUAUUGCAACUGUGAAGGCAGAUCCUGAACCUUCUAUUGCAACUGUGAAGGCGGAUUCUGAACCUUCUAUUGCAAGUGGGAAGGCAGAUCCUGAACCUUCUAUCGUAACUGCUAAGACAGAUUCUGAACCUUAUGUUGCAACUGUGAAGGUAGAUACUAAAUCUUCUUCUGCAACUGUGGAAGCAAAUUCUGAACCUUCUUCGUCAUCUAAGGAGCUAAGUCCCGAAGAAAAGGUUCAACACGCCAAAGAACUGAUAGAACAGAGGAAGGAGUUGAAGAGAAAGGAAGAGGAAGAGGCUGUAAGACUGAAGGAGUUAGAACGCCGCAAGACUGGACAAAAUGUGCAACAGAUGAAGAGAUGGCAACAGGACGAAGAACUCAAGCAGUUGAAGGAAGAGAGAGACAGGGAAAAGAGGGAAAACCAAGCUGCAAGAGAUCGAGUAUUGGCCCAGAUAGCUCAGGAUAAGGCUGAAAGAGCUGCGAGAUUCUCUAAGCAGGGGUCGGCUAGUGCACCAUCCAUACCACAAGCGACUGCUCAAGCAAGUCGUGUGACACCUAGGGGCAACUCGACAAGACUGCAGUUUAGGCUACCAGAAGGAAAUCUACACACACAUGAAUUUGAGAUAUCAGAUUCCCUACAAAGGGUGCAUCAGUACAUCCAGAACGAGAUGACCCUGCCCUUCACAAAUUACACCAUUUCCACCACUUUCCCUCGCAGGGAGUUCAACGAAAGCGACAACAGCCAGACGCUGAUGGAUUUGGGACUUGUACCCAACGCCGUUAUACUGAUCUUGCCCCAAGGCCAGGGCGGUGCGUCCACCAGCACAAGCGGCUUACUGAGCAGUAUGUUCUGGUGGAUAUUGAGUCCGUUACUCAGCAUCUACGACUUCAUGGUUGGUUUCAUAUUUGGAGCACCGUCUAUUAGAAGGGACGAACCUGCCACUAGCGUCAAGAGGUCGGCUUCAGAGGCGGAGGUUUCGAACAGGAAUCAACCUAAGAGGCAAGCAAACAAUUCCACAGAAAUCAAGAAGCAGGGUAAUAUCCAUCGUUUGAAGGAAAGACCAGAUACUGACGACGAGAAUAAUACGUGGAAUGGCAAUUCUACACAACAAAUGUAACGGAAAUAUUAAUGUAUUUUAAAAAAAAAGAAUGACUGGAUUGGCAGAGGGUAUAUAAAAAUAGUCCUGAGAAAAUUCAAUUUUAUAUAAUAUGGUAUACUAUAUAAGUUGAAUAUUAAAUUACGUGUUUUUACCUA